GCUCUGAGGCAUCUGCUUAACCUCCUCAUCCCAAUGCAGCUCCCGGAAUAGCAGAGCUUUGCUGGAUUAUCUCACACCUUCCUUCCAUUCUAAGCAGAAUGUUUGUAUCAUUGAAACUUCGGGGUCUGUAAAGCAGCCUCUAAGUAGAUUAACGUUUCUAAUGGGCUUUGGGAAGGUCAGAGGUUUUUACUUUGGGACUAACAUUGAACGUGGACGGGAGCAAAGGGGCACUGCUGUGAGAGCAGCGGGACGGGGAGGACCGUUCCUGCAGGGUUCCUCUUUCUGGCCAUGGGAAACAACAACAGCUCCACGGUGGACGACCUGCAGGCGGUGGAGAUCCACCAUUGGUACAAGAAGUUCAUGACGGAGUGUCCCUCCGGGCAGCUGACAGAGCACGAGUUCAAGCAGUUCUUCGGGCUGCGGGGCUUGGACCCCCAGGCCAACGAGUACAUCGAGCAGAUGUUCCGUACCUUCGACAUGAACAAGGAUGGGUACAUCGACUUCAUGGAGUACGUGGCAGCCCUCAGCCUGGUGCUGCGUGGGAAGAUGGAGCAGAAGCUGCGCUGGUACUUCAAGCUGUACGACGUGGAUGGGAACGGCUGCAUCGACCGCCACGAGCUGCUCAACAUCAUUAAGGUGAGUCCCCAGCAUGUGGUCCUGGAACACCCCCAGGGAUGGGGGCUCCCCACCGCCCUGGGCAGCUGUGCAGUGCUGACCGCUCUUUGCAGCACAACUUCUUCCCAGGCUCCAACCCGACCCUCCCCACGGCACCCUGAGCCCAUCCCCUCCCGUCCCAUCCCCGUUCCCUGGGAGCAGAGGCUGAGAAAGAGGAGGAGCAGAUAUAGGGAAUGCCCUCCAUCGGUCCCUCCCUUUGGGGUCAGCCCCUCAGUGUCCACACCAUGA